UGAAAUGGAGACUGAUAAAAACAGAAAGGAUUUGGAGAGUACAAAAUCAGAAGUUUCCUCAAAUACCCCUGCAAGAAAGUCUUCUUGUCAUAAAUCGGCAAAAAACGAUAUAAACGCCACAAUUAUUGAAAGUACUUGUUGCCAAUCCGUCUCAACAAAUAAUUCUAUAACAGUGCUAUAUACAAGAUGUGCAAUGGACAUUCCGAUCUCUCCUAUGUGUGAAAAAGAUCAUUCUAUUAACUUUAACUUGUCUACCUGCAAACAGAUUGAUUCUAAAAAUACUUUGAAGAAUGUAUUACCAAAUGAACAAGGAUUACCUUUUCAACAAGAAUACAGUGUCGAACAGCAGUUGAUGGGUUCAAAAGAAAUGACAUCAUCACAAGACACAGUCGUUACUACCUGUUUAGGGCAUUCAGAAAUCUGCCACCCUCCACUACCAACAAUAGUAACAACAACGAUAAUACCACCAUUCUCCCCACAAGAUUCGUGUAUCAUUCAAUCAAUCAGUGACAAUGACGCAGAAAAACAAAGUAGUGAUACUAAUUCUUUAGUACGAACAAGCCAGAGUACACCGGCUGACUCAGUUUCCCACGUGAUGACGUCAGUUGUGACCACAGAGGGAUUCAAUGUAACGUCAUCCACUUCAUCAUAUUCACAAGAUGAACAUACACCAGCAUUAACAGAGUCACUAGGAACAUCCAGUAUAGAUUGUUCGGUGUCAACUCAAUCAAACACCAACAAUUCUAUGCCAUCGAAUACUACUCUCAUAAAGCAUUCAAAACAUACAGAUAACAAAAACCUGAUACAAAACUACACCCAUCCACAACUCGUUCCCAAAUGCCCCAUUAUUCCUCCUAUGGAAAUGAAUUUCUUUCGAUUUAUGUUUCUUAUUCUAAGAAGGGCGCCUAUUGCCGUGAGAAUUUACUUUGACACCCGUCAUCCACCGUUAGAGUUAAUGACAAAUCUGGCAGUCAAUAAAGAGUCUCUCUCAGCUCUGAAAGGGAGAGUUAUCUCUCCUCAACAAUGGAAGACCCUUUAUCCACCCUCAGGAUAUGUCAACUCAAGGCAUUUUGAUGUCACAUUGCUGAUUCUCCUCUUACGUUAUAUGACGAAUGUUCCUGCUCCUGUGAGCGGUUUUGACAAACUCCCAGUACAAACAGAUGAUAGUGUUGGAGCAGACCUUGCAAGGAUAAAGCAUUACAGGAACCUUGUUUCCCAUUCAAACAAUGCAAAACUUACAGAGGAAGAUUUCAAUGACUAUUGGACAGAAAUUGAAAAAGCUAUAGGCAGAUUAGGCGGUGAAGCUCAGCUGCUAGAAGCUAAGUCAUUGAAGGAAUCUCUUAUUGAGGAAAAAGAUAGGGAGUUGUUGUUAGAAAUAAACGAAUUAAGAGCCCCAGUGCCAAGAUACUAUUCCACGAAAUAUAAAAGAACAAAUCAGUGACAAAUUAGAUAUAUGGUCAGAAGAGGACAAUAAAUUUUAUGAAACUCGAGCAUGUAUAGAAAUUGAAAAGUUGAUUCAAUCCGAAAAAUGUGUGACUGUUAUUGGAAACGCUGGAGCUGGAAAAUCUGCCAUUGUACAUCACAUUGCAUUAAAAAUGCAAAGGAAUAAUUAUGUCGUUCUGCCAAUUAAAGUUCCAAGCGAGUUUCUACAAUAUUUCGACGCGCAUUCCGAUCAAAUAUUUGUCAUAGAUGAUCCAUGUGGCGAGAAAUGCUUAGACAUUCAUUUAGCACAAGAAUGGAAAAGAUAUGAAGAUGAUAUAAAACGUUCUUUAUCAAAAAACGACAAAACUCGAAUACUGAUCUCAUGUAGACUUUCGAUUAGUCGUACACAUCAUUACAAGGAUAUAAAUCUGUUUGAUGAAGUCGAGGGCGAAAUCGUCAAUCUAGUGUCUGCGAAAUUUUCACUCACUAGAGAGGAAAAGAUGGUAAUCUUUAAAUCCCAUACAAGUGACGAAUUUCAGCUCAGCAAAAAAAUUCUAGACUUGCAUGAUUGCUUCCCCUUAUUAUGUAAACUUGUAUCAACCAAUAAGAAAUUUAAGAAAAACAUAAAACGUUUUCUGAAGUUUCCUUAUAAAGAGUACAAUCAUGAACUGGAUGUACUGAGACACCAUCCGACGCCAUACGAAUACUGUGCUCUUGCAUUGUGCAUCUUCUUUGACAACGGAAUCCAACUUUCACAUUUACAAAAAGGGAAAGAUGAAAAGGUCGACGAAAUAUUUGAUGAAGUUUACGAGGAGUGCUGUCUAGAACAGGGUACUUCCAGGAAGAGAAUAAAACUAGCUUUGGAAG